CUCGCUCGCUCACUCAUUAUUUACCCGCCAUACACAGCCGCGCGCGCGUGAGCGGAUCGUCAGUCUUACUAUACGCCCCUGUGCCACAGCGCAUCCCCAAUCAUUGUUCCCACUACCCAUAUAUCAACCAGCCAGCCAGCCAGCCAGCCAUGGCACAACCACUGCAUCUCUACCCCACAGGUUCCCGUCGCAUACCCCCAUACGCGACACCCUCACAGCCGGCGCCUGUAUUCGCAGCCCCAGUCAUGAACCUAGGAAGCAAUAUGACGAGAGCGGCGAGUCCGAGCUACAACUAUCGCGUCCCGAGCAGAGAUCUGGGAUUUGACAAACAGGACACUUUCGGCGGUGGCAUCAAGACGAUGCAUUUGGUACAACAGUAUCGGUAUGACGAGCCAUGUGUGGAUAGGUAUGCGAGUGGGAACGGUAUGGAAGAGCGACCGCCGGUAUAUGCGCAAAGUGUGGAGAGCGAGGAACAGAUGCGGGCGUUGAAUGGACGAGAUCAGCGUCUCAAACGGCACAUCCGCGUCCUACGCUUCGUAUCACGCAUCCUCGCCUUCGUGGUGUCCGUUCUCGUGUUUGUGCCCAUCACCAUAACCCUCGUCACCUUCCUGCGCACCAACGACAUCAGCCGCGUCGUCACCAUCGCCAGCCCCGGCACCGCGCCUCAGACCGUCUCCCGCACUGCGUGGGCGCAGAACAGUACCACGUGGCCGACGUACAUGUACUUUGGCACCGCCGCCGUGUCCCUGCUUCUCAACCUCUUCAUCAUGAUCGCAUAUCUCCGCACCGACGUGCGCACUGCAAACCGAACAGCCUAUGUCGCCACCACAUUCAGUUGGGUCGUAAUGGUCGGCAAUGCGGUCGUAUGGGCCGUGGCUGCGAGUCUGUAUCGCCAGCAGAAGAAGAACGAUGACCUGUGGGGCUGGACUUGCAGCUCGGCCGCGCAGGCGAUCCAGAAGGUGUUUGAGAAUGAGGUCAAGUUUGAGCAGCAAUGUAAUAUCCAGAGUUUCAGUUGGUAUGCGGGAAUAGUACAGGCGUUGUUGGCCAUCUUGACGAUUGUGGUGUUGGUGCUGGUUGUACGGAGGAGGGAGACGAAAAGGGGGCUGGAACGAGGCGAUAGUGCAGAGGUGCUGUUGGCGGAUAAGAAUUAGCUGUUGGUAGAAUACAACGCUGCGCAUGGUGUGGCAAACGGCGUUAGGUGUGUUGUCUUCUGUACUUCUUAAGCACCUGCUGUCGUCGAUC